GUUCGGUUCCCGCGCCACUGCUUGGAGACAAACACGCAGCGCUUGGCCAAUCGUUGACGAUUGGCCCACUGCUGGGCACCAUUUGACCAUGGCUGACAUUGAAGAUCUAAAGUUGGAAUGUCGUGACAUCCCCUCAGCCAGCGACCGUGGCUCGUCCUCGGACUCGGAUGACUCAGGGAGUUCCUCCGGCUCGUCCUCGUCGUCCGGAAGCAGGCGGCAGGGCAACAAACGCCGCAUGAGAUCCCGAGAGAGGCAGCGCAAGCGGGCGCCACCGCGCAAGACGUGUCGCCACAGGAGCGGUUCCUCUUCCUUGGAACGUCCGCCAGGCAACUGGCGCGGCCGCGCCCGUUCCGAAGACUUCCGCCGUUCCAAGAGCCGCGACACGCCGUCGCCCCGGCGCUGUUCGCCCCGGCGCUGCUCGCCCCGGCGCGGCUCCCCGCGGCGCCGGACGCCGGAGCGCCACAAGCGCGAUCGUUACGAUCGCCGCAUGCCCGAAGACCGCCACAGAUUCGACGACCGCCGCGGCUUCAGCCGCGACCGCGACCUGGGCUACGGCCGCCCGCGCUCGCCGCUGCGGCGGCGCCCCCGCAGCGACUCACCACGACGCUUUCGACAGCGGCAGCGGGAUGUGAGGGAUCCACCACCCAGCGAUAAGCCCCGACGUUUCGGCAUGAAAGUAAUGGAGGAGGAUCGUCAUGUAGCCGCCCGAAACCCUCCUCUGAUCAUCUCAUGCUCGCGUCGAACCGAUGUGCCCUGGGGAUUCUUGCGGCAGUACCUCAAUGGCUUUGAAGAUGGUUUCAUGUACAUCGCCUCCGGUCCUCGCAAGAACCCGGUGGUUCGCGCGGUAUGCGUGCAGCCCUACAAUCCUCAGACGGGCAAAGGAGUGAUGUGCAUUAGUUGGUGGUCGAAGAACUACAAGAAGUGGAUCCAAGCAUGGCAGAAACCGGACAGCGUGCUGCACCGUUAUCCCGUGCACCUCUUCAACUACACCGUGAACUCUGAGAACUUAGCCCUGGAGCCGGGGGUGGACACCAGCUUGACGGAACGCUUGGGUCAACUGACUUUCCUGGUCCAAACCUUUGGCGCUCACGCGGUGUCUCCACGCUUUGAUCCCAUUGUGCACUACCGGAACCUGGUGGGUGGACCAAUCAUGGACAACAUGAAGGAUUUCGAGACCAUUGUGCGACACGUGGGCAGCCUGGGAGUGGAUCACAUCGUCUUCAGCUUUUGCCAAGCGUAUCCCAAGUCUGUACGCAACAUGCGACUCUCAGGGAUGGAGUUGGUGACAUUGAACCGCGCGGAGCAAUGUGCCGUGCUGGACAAGUUGAUGCCCAUCGCCCAUCGCUAUGGUGUGCAGAUGCGCUGCUGUGGAGAUAAGGGCAUCGUGGGAUAUCCGAUCACCAAAAGCGAGACAGAAGGCUUAGUGGCCGCUGCACAGCGCGAGGAACAGAAGAUGCAGGGAGCCAACUUCCCGGUGAUCGGACAAUCCAGGUGUGUGGACGCCCGCUUGGCUGACCGCAUAGCGCGAGAGAAGGGAUUGAAUGUUUUCAUGUCCUUGGCAAAGGACCUGCGUCAGCGCAAGGAUUGCGAAUGCACCAGGUCGACGGACAUCGGACAAUACACCCUGCAGUGCCCACAUGGCUGUGUUUAUUGCUAUGCCAAUCCAUUGAGAAGAAAGGGACAGAAUGAACCCCCGCAGGUCACAAAUCAGGCGCCGGUGGUGUCUCAUCAACAGCUGCCGCCACCGCCAAUGAUUCCGCAUAUGCCAGCACCGCAGUGCGCACCCACCGGCUACAUGCCACCACAUUACAUGCCCUCUAUGCCUGCAGUGGGGGUUCCCGGCAUGCCAAUGCCCAUGCCGAUGCCCCCACCGCCUGGGCACCCUGGUGCCCCUGCCAUGGCUGGUGGGGUACCGCCCCCUCCACCGCUGCCACAGCCCGGAGCCAAUGCCUCCGAAAUGAUGAUGAAUGCUUACAAGCUCAACUGGCCAGCGGGGUUGAUGACCUAUGCUUCUCACGAUCCAGGAGAGGUGCUCGCAAAAAUGGCAGAGUGCCAAACGAGACCAUGACAUGCCAUGGUUGGGAUGGAAAUCCAUCCUUUUGCAAGUGCUUGGUCUGGCAUUCAGACCCCCUGUUUUUUUCCCUCGAGGAAUGUUCCUCGGAUGUUUCAAGAUGUUCCCAGGGCAGCCGAUGCAAGGGAGAUUCCACCUAGCGCCGAUGACGGGCUUUAAAGCAUCCAGUUUUGAAGGGUUAGUUUUUUGUUGUUCU